AUGCCUAUAGCCACCUUAUCGGGAUGUGUUACUCGUCCACCAUGGCUCGGUCAGUUCCGCCCAUCGUCAUCGAAAACAAGAUGGAAGAUGCGCCAGGGAGCCGAUCAUCUGGCCCGCGACGCAAAGAUCCAUGGUUUUAAGAGCCGCGCGGCUUUUAAGCUCCUCGAGCUUGAUGGAAAGUACCGGGUCUUCAAGAAGGGACAAGUCGUCAUUGACCUUGUUGCCUAUGAGCGAACUGGGCCUUCGGGUAAUGUCAUCGGUAUUGAUCUCAUCCCUGCCCAACCACCGAAAGGCGUAACAACAAUCCAAGGCAAUUUUCUCCUACCCGAGGUACAGAGGAUGGUUAAAGAUUUUCUCGUCUCCUCGCCGCAGAGGAGACGUGCCACAGCCCAUGAAGGAGAUCAAACCGUUGCAGAAACCGGCCAAGAAGCUCCUAGCAAGUGCCCGCAAAGUUUCGAGAUGAUGAACACAAGCGGCAUUGCUUUCCAUGACCACGCAAGAAGCAUGGAUCUUUGCCACGCGGCGCUUCACUUUGCGAGCGAUACACUGAAACAUGGGGGCCACUUCAUCUGCAAGUACUACCAAGGCCCUGAGGACAGGGCAUUCGAGAAACUGCUCAAGAGGCUCUUUACCAAGGUCCAUCGGGAGAAGCCCGAGUCUUCGCGGAAGGAAUCGAAAGAGUCGUAUUUCGUGGCUUUGCAUCGCUUGGGAUCCGUCCGCCUGUAGGAACAUCGGAGGGCCUUUCUGACAGAGCAGACAAUUCUCAUGCCAACCUUUGCUGAUGCGUGGGAAACAGCCAUCAAAUGUUAAUCAAAGCGACAUUGUUAGGUCGGCAUCUGGGACCGCAGAAUAAAUAUAACCAUAACGAAGGAAACCUUGUAUUUUAUGGCCUCGGAUAUUUGGGAUACCAAUUCACGCCAAUCCGUCGCUACCCUUCCCCUCAAGAUUUUGAUAUCAUGAUUUCGUGUGGUAGGCGUGCUAGACUCCGUGCACAUGCAAAGAAUCGGCCAGUACAUGCAUAUGCCGUCUUUACACCUUGAAGCCCCUGGAGCGUCUGCGGCCACGAGCUCGUUCAAAUUUCCGACCCUUGGAUGCCACAUAAGGUUUCUA